AUGGCGCCCCGGGAAGCAGAACUAUUCGAAGACCAACAUCCCCUGAUUCGAAGCUGCUCUGCACUGAACGAAAUUCGUCUUGCUCAAGACAUUAAAGACUUGACCAUAGAGGUAGCUUCCCUUAGUUACGACGGACAUUUGUGCGUUUUAGGUCAAGAACGGCGAUGUUCUUCACGUCCAUCGAAUAGUGCUGGCAGCUCGCAUUCCUUCCUUGCGAGCGUUUCUCAGUGGCCCCCUCGGGGAGGAGAAUUCGGUCUUAAGAUGGCCGACAGCGCCGCUCAGGUUGGUUCUUUAGGUUUCGCUUACUACUCAUGCACUUUUAUAGUCUCGCAAAUGCGCUCGUCCAGUAUGUGUACACUGGCCGGGUGGAGAUGACACAGAAUAACGUGAUGGGCAUGAUUGCGCUUGCAAGAAUGCUGGAAGUCCCCACCCUGGUGAAUUGGGGAUUGACAUACAUGAUCAAGAGGUAUGCAAUUUCCCGACUAUUCCUCUCUAACUGCCUGAUCUAAAGAGUCAAUUUAGAGAAUUUGCCAGCCACGUGGGACUUUGCCAAGUCUCUGAAUCUCGAAUUACUGGUGGAUACGUGCAUUGGACUGAUGAGGGAGCAUUUUGAGGAAUUCAUGCCAACUGCACUCUUUGCUCGUUUGCCGGCCGAAACCGUCCUCAGCCUGCUUCGAAGCGAUCGUCUCUCGGUGGGAUCUGAGGAGGAGGUUGUUGCGGCGAUUGCGCGUUGGGCUGGUGCCGGUGGCCAGGCCGGCGAUGAGAAGCUGAGAGUUCACGCCCCGGCGAUGUUGAAAGAGGUCCAGUGGCAGCUGACGACAGCCCGAUGGCGCGAUCGCCUGAUGAAAGAUCAUCCAACAUUUGGGAGAAGUCCGGAAUGUCUGUAAGUUUACGCUAUUUCAACCCUGUUAUUUUUUCUUAAUAAAAGUCAACUUAUGCUUCAGAUUGAGCGGUGGACUGGAGCUGCAGACAAGGACAAGCCGGCCCGCCCCUUCAACUUAAGGCCUCGUCUACACAGAACGGCCUUCCUCUUCGGACCGGACAAAGAUGGGCGGGGCAGGUGGUCUGUCCAUCGCGUCGAUCGGCACUUACAGCAGGCAGAACGCGUUGCUGACAUGAAGCCGGGUCGAUGGUUCGCCUCCUACAGCGUCGUGGGCGGUGAGUUGUCGGAGUUCUGCGUCUCCUCUUCGGCGCAUUUUGUCUGCUUUGGAUUUUUUGCUUGUUGAAGUCCAGCACCUCUGUCUGCGGCAGCAUUACAGCAUUUGGUGUUUUGUAGGAAGAAAAAAGCAAAUAAAUCAGGUUCUUAGCUAGAUAAACGUCUUGUUGCGACUGAUGCCUGCUUAGGGAUUUUUUGUUAGUGACGGUCAUUCUGUGUAAAGUCUCUUGACCCCCAAACUGGGCGUUUGUGCAUUUAUUUUUCUGAUAGAGAGCAUUUUCGUUGUUGGAGGAGGAGUGAACGGCCUAGCGCUAGUUGAUGUUGACGAGUUUCUGGUGAGAGAAGGACGCUGGCGCGAGCGGGCGCCCCUCGCCGUUCGACGUCAUUUCCACGCCGCCGCCGUCGUGAAGGUCCACGCCGCCGCCGCCAACGAAGAGAAUGCGUUGAUUGGUGUUUUUGGUGGCUGCUUCAAGAAAGGGGACAGCUGGACACACCUCUCCUCCUGUGAAGUCUACGAUGUCAGUCAGGACAGGUGAGAAGAUGCUGGUUGUGGCGCAUCUGUUUUACAAAAAAAUAUUUCUCUCCUUCUACUCACUUCCCACCCCGCCUGUCCUGAACAGAUGGCACAAAUUGCCCGAUCUGCCAGAGAAGAGGCUCGGCCCAGCUGCUGCCUGCCUGCCCGGCGACAGUCGGAUUUUCGUUUUUGGCGGCCGUGAUGGCUCCUCCCAACUAGCUUCCGUGGUCUUCUGCCAUCUGCGCGCAGACUGGCGGGAGAAGGCGACCUCAACGCGCACCGCUGACUUUUGGCAGCCAGCUGCCGCCAUGAGAACUGCGCGAUCCGGGCUCGCAGCGACACCCUUUCGGGGAGCAAUCCUGGUCGCCGGUGGACGGAAGAGUGGAAAGACUCUCAACGUGGUGGCGAUGUUCUCACCGCCAGACGCCAGGAGCCCCCUCGGCCAGUGGACAGAGCUGGCCGGCAUGAAGCAGCCUCGCUACUGUUUCACUCUUAUCACCUCCGCCAAUGCCGUCUUUGCUCUUGGUAAGGCAACACACAAUAAAACGAAUUCUUUCCUUCUCUUCCUCUCUUUCUCUCUCUCUCUCUCAUGCCAUUCGUUUGCCUCAUCCACGUAGCCAAUCUUACAUGGCACAAGAGCAUUAAAUUACCUGACUUGCCGUUGGAGGUUUUUCAUGCGCACUGCGCCAUUACAGCCAGAAGUGAUCGCCUCGCUGUGCAUACUGCCUAACCUCCUUUUUAAUAUCUUUUCUCUCGUGUUUCCUUUUUCCUCUAGUUAAACUUCACUAUGAUUAUGCAAAAUUUGUAGGCAACGUGGACGCACCGAGUAACACGGUAGAGACUCUCACGGCACCAGGAGGUUCAGCUGACUUAGACUUGACAUCUUGGGUCUGGUCGUCCGAGAGCCCGGUGGAGACACUUGACGACAUUGCCGGCGCUGCAAGCGUCCGCAUGUAA